GAACGGUUGAAGGAAAUACCCUCUGAAAGGAGAGUGGAACACAUGCUUGUAGGAAUUUCCUGAGGUCAUGAGCAGAUAUUAUAAGCAGGUUGUCCAUGGCCAAAGCCAUCAGUUCAGAGCAGCUGAUUUUCUGAUAUACCUUAAGUGAAGCUUUAAGUAAACUCAACUAUUGAGCUGAAAAUGACAGGCUUUAGCAGCACGAGCUUUAUCCUGGCUUCUUUGGUGGGGCUGCUGUGCCUCUUCUGCACUUCUGAGGCCCAAAGCAACCAAGACUGCUGCCUCUCCUACAUGAGAAUUGAGCUGCCUCGUCGGGCCAUCAAUGGCUACACAGAACAGUUAUCAAAUGAAGUCUGUGACAUCGGUGCUAUCAUUUUCCACACAAAGAGUGGGUUGAAAGCAUGUGCAAAUCCAGAAGACAACUGGGUGAAGAAGCGUCUUCUUUGGCUGAGCAAAAAGCUCAAGAAGAUGUCAAUGUAAGACUGUUUCUGAAAUGGAACUAGACAGAGAGGAGGGCUGCAGAACCUAACCUAUGUUAGAAUCAUCUCAUUGUACACUGUUGUGUGCUUGCUAUCUACUUAUUGCUGGCUUCUUUGGAACCAUUGAACUACUGAAGUUGAUUCAUAUUGCAUCACUUGUUUGCUUGACUUAAGCACUGUGUAAAAGUUUCUCUUUCUUUGCUACCAUAUAUAUUACAUGUUUGAUUACUGUGUAAAAUAGAAUAUGAUACACAUGUAUUGGGUACUGUGUGCCCUAUUGUGUUUAGUGUACAGUGUAUUCAUGCACAUUAACAUAAAUAAAACAGGGUAUUCUGUUCAUUUCA